UGACGAUGUAGAUGGGGGGGGGAUGCUGCAUUUCGCCUAAAGGAAAACAAAUGUCGGAAACCCGCCCUUUAAGAAGUGGCCGCGAGAUUGUGCAAAAGUGUCCGCGGUCCAAACCGGUUCCAGCGGUUCUAGUCACAGAGACUUGGGAGGCCGCACCGUUGCGGACUGGCAGCCGGAAGGUAUUGCUGGUUGCUGUGCCAAAACAACAGUUGCUCCUUUGGAUCGAGUGAAGGUUUUGUUACAAGCACACAGUGAGCAUUACAAACACUUAGGAGUGUUUUCUACAUUGCGAGCUGUUCCCCAGAAGGAAGGGUACCUAGGAUUGUACAAAGGCAAUGGUGCAAUGAUGAUUCGAAUCUUUCCCUAUGGGGCAAUCCAGUUCAUGACAUUUGAACAUUACAAAACAUUCAUUAUUACAAAGCUGGGAAUUUCUGGUCAUGUGCACAGAUUAAUGGCUGGAUCCAUGGCAGGCAUGACGGCGGUCAUCUGUACUUACCCUCUUGACAUGGUUCGAGUGCGCUUAGCAUUCCAGGUGAAAGGGGAGCACACCUACACAGGAAUUAUUCAUGCUUUUAAGACCAUUUACGCAAAGGAAGGUGGUUUCCUUGGAUUUUACAGAGGUUUGAUACCCACUAUCCUAGGAAUGGCUCCAUAUGCAGGUGUUUCAUUUUUUACUUUCGGUACCUUAAAGAGUGUUGGGCUUUCCCAUGCUCCUACCCUUCUUGGCAGACCUUCAUCAGACAAUCCUAAUGUCUUAGUUUUGAAAACUCACAUUAACUUACUUUGUGGUGGUGUUGCUGGCGCAAUAGCACAGACAAUAUCCUACCCAUUUGAUGUAACUCGUCGGCGAAUGCAGUUAGGAACUAUUCUGCCAGAAUUUGAGAAGUGCCUUACCAUGUGGAAGACGAUGAAGUACGUCUAUGGACACCAUGGGAUUCAGAAAGGGUUGUACCGUGGCCUGUCUCUCAACUACAUUCGCUGCAUUCCCUCUCAAGCAGUGGCUUUCACCACAUAUGAACUUAUGAAGCAGUGUUUUCAUCUUAACUAAAAGAAAAAAUCAUACUUAGAGGUUACUUCCCUCAGUACGUUCUCAGAGGGGAAAUAUAAAAGGAACAAUGUUACUUUAAUUGUGAGAGAAAUGUUACUUGAAGGGGGACAUUUACCCUGCCACAGGAACCACUGGUAUUUAAUACUUGAUUUAUUUUGUUCUGCUUUUUUUUUUUUUUAACCCCAAAAGUGCUUUUUUUUUUUUUUUUUUUUUUU